AUGGCCCCCCUCGUCCGAGUGAUCGGCUCCCUCAACGCCGACAUGGUCUCCGUCACCCCGCGUGUGCCCGGCCCCGGUGAAACCAUCACCUCGACCUCCUUCUUCACCAGCGCAGGUGGUAAAGGCGCAAACCAGGCCGUGGCCUGUGGCCGCAUGUCCCGAUCACAACCUACCUCGGAGGGUUUCAAUGACAAAAGCGACGUGCAGGUCGAGAUGGUCGGCGCCGUGGGAGCUCUCGGCGGGCACUUCAACGCGCUGCUGAAACCCUCGCUGGAGAAAUCCGGCGUGGAUACGUCGCGCGUGCGCAUACUCGAGGAUCAAUACACCGGCGUUGCAGUGAUCGUGGUCGACUCGUCUGCUGGCGGUGAGAACCGCAUCAUGUUCAACCCCGGCGCCAAUUACACGGGCAUGCAGCCCACGGCGGAGGUCCUAGGCAGCGCACUCGCGGCGCCGGUACCCGACGUGAUCGUGAUGCAGGGAGAAAUACCCACCGAGACGACAAUCGGAGUUCUGCGGGAGAUCAGCAAGGCCAAAAAGGCCAGCCGGGCUGCCGGGAAACGAGGCAUCUCGAGCGGGCCGGACGUUAUGCUGAACCCUGCGCCUGCGCCGCCGGGCGGGCUUCCAGAGGACGUGUACGAGGCGGUGGAUCAUUUAGUCCUCAAUGAAACCGAGGCAGAGUUGAUGUCGCCGCCGGAAGAGCAGCUUCUACGUGUUGUUCCGGACGCGGCGGGGCUGGACAGCAAGGAGCAGGUGGCGCGGUACUUCCACAAACUCGGGGUGAGCUAUGUGCUCAUCACGCUGGGAGCGAAGGGUGUCUGGUACAGUGCUACAGAUGGCGGAUCAUCAGGGCCCAGUGAUGGAGUGAAACGCUUCACGAACGAGGUGCCCGCGGCACCUGCGUCUCGCGUGCUGGAUACCACGGCGGCAGGUGAUACAUUUGUCGGUGCUUAUGCGGUUACAGUGGCUCGAUGGCGCGAGCAGCGGCGCCUGGAUGGCAAGGCAGGAGAUGAUAUCACGGAUGUGGAGAAACCUCAGCGCUAUAAGGCAUUCAUGGACGACGCGAUGCGCACUGCUGCAAAGGCAUCCGCCCGCACGGUGGAACGACAGGGCGCUAUGGAUUCCAUACCGUUUGAGAAUGAAGUAUAG